AUGGCAGGUUUGGCUCCGGAAGGUUCGCAAUUUGAUACGAAGCAGUAUGACACUAAGAUGAAUGAAUUGCUUUCCACUGAUGGACAAGAACUCAUCACCACUUAUGAUGAAGUCUUUGAUACUUUUGAUCAUAUGGGAUUGCAAGAAAAUCUCCUGAGAGGCAUAUAUGCUUAUGGUUUUGAGAAGCCUUCUGCAAUCCAGCAAAGGGGAAUUGUUCCUUUCUGCAAAGGUCUAGAUGUGAUUCAGCAGGCUCCGUCUGGAACUGGAAAGACUGCAACCUUUUGUUCUGAAAUUUCGCAACAGCUUGAUUAUGGUUUGGUUCAGUGCCAGGCUUUGGUUUUGGCACCAACAAGGGAACUUGCACAGCAGAUUGAGAAGGUUAUGAGAGCUCUUGGUGAUUACCUUGGUGUUAAAGUUCAUGCUUGUGUUGGUGGCACUAGCGUUCGUGAGGAUCAACGUAUUCUACAAACUGGUGUCCAUACUGUUGUUGGCACUCCUGGACGUGUGUUUGACAUGCUGCGAAGACAGUCUCUUCGGUCCGACAGCAUUAAAAUGUUUGUUUUGGAUGAGGCUGAUGAGAUGCUUUCUCGUGGUUUCAAGGACCAGAUCUAUGAUAUCUUCCAGCUGCUGCCACCUAAAAUUCAGGUUGGAGUGUUCUCUGCUACAAUGCCACCAGAAGCCUUGGAGAUCACCAGGAAGUUCAUGAAUAAGCCAAUGAGAAUUCUGGUAAAGCGUGAUGAAUUGACCCUUGAGGGUAAUAAGCAGUUUUAUGUGAAUGUUAACAAGGAAGAAUGGAAACUAGAGACAUUAUGUGACCUUUAUGAGACUCUGGCCAUCACUCAGAGUAUCAUUUUUGUCAACACAAGGCGCAAGGUGGACUGGCUCACUGACAAGAUGCGAGGCAGGGACCAUACAGUCUCAGCCACCCAUGGAGACAUGGACCAAAACACUCGUGAUAUCAUCAUGCGUGAAUUCCGCUCUGGUUCUUCCAGAAUUCUCAUUACCACCGACCUCUUGGCUCGUGGUAUUGAUGUUCAGCAAGUGUCUUUGGUGAUAAACUAUGAUCUUCCUACCCAACCGAAAACCAUCAACCCAACCUCUAUCAGUUCCGCUUCAAACCAAUCGGUCCGCACACUAACUGUCACAAACUUCCAUUUCAGAACUUCCUAUGUCUCCAUAACGGCUCCUCUCGCCAAUAACCAACCUCACACUUCUUUAAUUCCAACCGCGACUCACCCACUCUGUGACCCUUCAAACUUCCUCUCCCUUCAUCCACAAACCCAUUCUUCUAUCACCUCACUAUCACCACCCAUAUCCACCACCACUCACAUCAUAGAAACCGAUGUCGACCACCGUUUCUGUCAGCCGGCAAACAACCGCCAUCGCUAA